CCAACCUCUCUGGCCAGUACACUGCAAUCAUUGAACUCGCAUUACCCAGCUUCUUCCGGCAUUUUUGAGCAGAUGACCGUCGACUUGCCGUCCACGUUCUCACGGUCUCUGUUUCCAUUCUCAACCGCUGGCCCAAACGUCUCGAACGCUACGACCGGCAGUCUUGUCUCCGCCGGGUUGGUCAAUCCGGCAACUGGGCAAGCAAGCAAAAAACACCUCAUCUCAGGAGUACUACAACACACCCUUCCAUCCCGACUUUUAGUUCGCAGCCCACAAAUCCUACCUCAAACAUUCGCAGACACAAGUGGCCGACCACGAGGGACCAGCAUCAAUGCCUCCUCCGACCGUCAACCUGUCGGCCGUACCGCGGAGUUGGGCUCAGCUUCAUGUGCCGCCAACAGACUGGCCGGCGAGCCUAGGCUGUUGCUAAGUCUAGACGGCGAAACGGCGGCCCUAGCUUGCUCCGAGACUGGGCUGGUGGACACGUGGUCGGACACUUGUCCUAUGGAGGGGACGAUCGCGGUGUCCACCGGCGAGUUCCACAGUCAGUUCAUCACCGGGUUGGGCGGCAAUGCAGCUCCCAUUUACGCAUUGCCUAAGCUGCCUACAAUCACCAUGGUAACCGAGCUUUGUAGUCAAACGCCAGGUUGCCUGUUUAGAGCUGAGACAAAAAACGACGUACGGCAAUCGAAAGAAGAGGCCUUUGGAUUGAGUCAAGCAGGGCUUGAUUCCGGCUCUACAACAGAAGGUUCCUCCUGCACCCAUGCUGGGACGCCCUCAUCUGCCCCUCGUUAUGCUGGACUACUGGAACAACAAUGUGGCUCGGAAACGGAUACCACUGCUCUAUUGCUGGACGUAGAUACGGCAGCUGCUAUUGACAUUUCAGCAGCCUCAGGCCGGGAGAUUUGCUGGUGUGGCCGUGAGGCGAUAUCAAUCACGAGUACGCCACUCCAGCAAGUGCCUCCCCUGUCCAGUGGCCAAGCUUUUCCUUUACUUAUUUCACCACAAACUCCAACGUUUUCGGGAGCAGCCGAAACCCCGUCAGAGGUUGCCCUGCCUGGGCCUCAACAGCAGAUUGUGAUCCGGCCCUCCGUUCCGGUGCCACCCUGUGAAUACCUUUCGAAACAUCCAGACACAUGA